AUGGAGACAAUCUUGUCAUCAACUGUCUUUGCUGCCAUCGAUCCACCAAAGUUGAAUAUUAGUGCUCCAAGAUGGGCAAAGGUCGGUAUAACAACAAGUUUUGAAUUAUCCUUGUUAUAGCUGCCCUCGGCCAACCAGACGUUGUUCGUCAGUAUUGUGGUGUAUUUUUUAGUUACAGCGGGUAUUGUGUAUGACAUUAUCAACGAGCCGCCGAGUAUCGGUAAGGUUAUCUAUUAAGUGGAUUGACUUUGUUUUAGGGACUACCGUCGAUGAAAGAGGAAUACAAAGACCUCAAGCUAUCAUGCCGUACCGAAUCAAUGGACAGUAUAUCAUGGAAGGGCUUGUGGCGAGCUUUAUGUUUAGUCUGACGGGUAUGUUCGGUUUUUUAUACUAUGAGAAAUUAUUCACAUUUACUUUUAAGUCUCUUUUUAGCAAUUGGUUUCAUUGUGCUUGACAAAGCGAACAGCUCUCAGAUGGGUAAGAAGAACAGACUGAUUAUGCUGGGUGUUGGAAUAGGUCUGGUUGCCGUGGGAUAUUCUGUGACACGUCUUUUCAUGAAGAUCAAGAUGCCAAGCUACCUAUACUAG